AUGAGUGCCGUCACAAAGGGUGUGCCACGUCUCGCUCUCAAAGAUGUCUUGUCCCAAGGACGGACGGCCUUCGCCACGUUUAACGUCUUCGGUGGAUCCAGAGUUGCUCAGGUCCUCGCUCAUACUGGAGUAGACGCAGUGAUCGUUGACCGCGAGCAUGGCCAUGUCGAUGAUUCCCAGAUGCACGACAUGGUACCUACUGUCGCAAGCAGUGGCGUAUCACCUAUUGUCCGGAUAGCUGGCUUCAAAGGCUCGGAGAUAAAACGAGCACUCGACACUGGUGCACACGGCAUCAUUGCGCCCAUGGUCAGCACGGCUGAAGACGCACGGUUGGUCGUCAGGCAGUCAAAGUUCCCUCCGGUUGGCACUCGAGGCCAAGGGUCUCCAUUUGCGUGCUUCAGCUAUGGCUUUGCCACACCAGCGGAGUAUGUGGCCCAUGCCAACGAGCAGAUCUUAGUCAUGGCCCAGAUUGAGACAUCAGAAGCCGUCGAUAACGUCUAUGAGAUAUGUCAAGUCGAUGGUCUUGACUUGCUGUUGAUCGGCCCAAACGACCUUUCGCUGGCCAUUCUUGGAUAUGCGCCGCCCAAAGGCAACGAAGAGAUCUACUAUUCGUCGAUCGACAAGGUCGUUGCUACAGCCAAAAAGUAUGGCAAGUACGUAGGAAUGGUGGUCGUCGAUGGCGCCUCCGCGAAGGCCGCGAGCGAGAACUUUGAUCUAGUCGUCUUGACUGCAGAUGGCAGAGCCUUGCAGGCGUGGUACAGGAAAGAAGUAGCCAUAGCUCGGUCGUAG